UAAAUUAAUUGGUUUACGUGAAAGUUAUAGCGUUUACAAAUGGAGGUAUAGAUAAUGGGAUUUUUUUUUUUUCUACUAGUAAUGGCGGUGAUCAGCAACUUUUACCGGGACUGCGGCGGACAUUUUGACACUGGAGGGGGAACUAACUUGGUGCCACUGACAUCUUCAGUGACUCCAAUACAGGGAUCAGUGCUAAAAAAAAAGCACUGACACUGUACUAAUGGCACUGGGCAGGAAGGGGUUAAUGUGAGGAAGGAUCAAAGGGUUAACUAUGGGGCGGGUGUUCUUCAUUGUAAGCACACUGAUCGGGAUGACUGUACUGUGCACAGCCAUCCCGAGCAGUGUGUUUGAGCUG